AUGGGUAUUCGUUUUAUACAAAUAGUUUGUGAUUUUAUCAUACUGCUAUUGCUGCAUCUGGUAUCGUUUUGUCUACCUGAUCGAUGUUUUGAUAACGUUAGAAUCAAUUAUAAUGAAAGCUUAUUCUCAUCUCAAAGUGUGUACGGUCGCAUUGAAACUUCGCGAAAUUGCGUUGACACCUAUGAAGCGAAGGUUCGUUCAGUUGCCCAAGAAACUUUUUCGUCUUGUCCAGUAGGAUUGCUUUCGGUUGAGCUUGGUCCUGUUGCACGUUUUGAAGAUAUGGCACAUGUGCUCCCCCACAUUGAACUCAACAUUUCUGUCGCCGUUCAUGAAUAUGUGGAUUCUGUAUUUAUUCGUCUACAAUGCGUCUACGCUCCUGAUGCAGAGGAUAUUUAUUGUCAUGACGCCCAACGUAUGAUGAGCGAGGGGCAGUGGUUGUGGCCAUGUAGAGCAGUUACUUUUCACAGGAAGGACGUUUUUUCACUUCCUUUCUACUUUGGGUACUCUUGUUUUCGUGUAUUUGGCUUAUCUCAGUACAUGGUCAACGUAACUGUGUUUCCUCAAAACUGUCGGUCAACUCUGCUCAUCACUUCACCUUCGGAUGUACAACUGCAUCCUUCCAUUGCUGAGUAUUAUGGAAGUGAGGAUGCUCGCUCAAAACUCUCUCCUUUGCUGAUUGUCGACUUUAGCGAGGAGGAUGGGAUUUGGCUUCGCGUUGAAGGACCUGCAUUGCAAAUCUCCAGAUCUAUCGCAGUGUCCGUUUUCGAGCGUCGAUCAGAUGGUACACUUCAUCCUCUUCAAACGUUCACCAUCGCUCGUCCGACUACGGGAUUGAAGUGGCGUAAUGUAGCAAAAGGAAGCUACGUUGCUUACGCGCAUAUCCCUCGCCACGACUGCCUACUUGUUUGCGACGAAGUGGCAGCUUCACCAUCUGGAUGUAAAAUGUGUGUUCAUACUAUGUUGAAUUUCACCCUGGAUCAGGACAGAGCUAGUUUGUCUUGGCGAAGUUUACGUCGUAUGCGUGAUUCUAGCUUUUCAAUUCUAUUUGCGCUUGGCUCUAUUGUUCUUGUGUCAGCCUUCUGCGGCAUGAUUUACGUUUUGUUUUUGCGCAGAAGAGUGCGUCGCUCACCUGUGCGAGUGCAAGAGAUCGAGUUACAAUCAAAGCCGAUUGUUCUUAUAUUGACUCCGGAUGACUGCGACGAGCACUCAGAAGUGGUACUUUUGCUGAGCCGUUUCCUUGAACGUCAUGCUGGGGUCACUGUUCUUCUAGACUAUCGCGAAAUGGACAGUAGUGCUGUUCCAUCUCGAUGGCUUGUUGAUUCCCUUUGCCGGUCAUCAAGGGUCUUGAUCAUCGUAUCUCCGUGUUCUGGACUUGUACUCAACGGACAACAUCUGCGAAAACGACGACCGUUCCCUGAUCUUUUCGAAACUGCGAUGGAUAUGAUCAUAAGAGAGCAUACGCAGAAUAUCUCUUCUAACAAGUACCUAAUCUGUCGCCUUCCUUACUCUCCCCCGACUCCAGAUCAACUCAAUCUCUUAGGAUUCCCUCAAGUAGAAGUUCCAUCGGAUCUUGCUCGCCUCACUGCUCUCAUUCAUGCUAUCGAUGUUUACGGACUCAACGAGGCUCACAACAGUUCUGAGUUGGCAGAGUUGUCCAGUGCUAUAGAGUCCAUGAAAAAAUUGAUGGAAAGCGAUCCUACAUGGAUUGUUCGCCGACUUGACAAUGAGGAUGAUCGCAUGCUGGUUUCUAAUGUUCUGGAAGUCUCCGAAAAGAAAAAUUUCUUGCAAACGGCUGAGGACAGGCGACAAGCAGCUGACCAGUUUGGAUUACUUCCUCCUGAAGAGAAUGAAAGUGAAGCUGCUGACGAACCAUCUGAGUUUCCACUACUUCCUCCAGAUUCCUCUGACGAGGAUUAGCUUUGUAUCUCAUCCGCGGG